AUGCCAAUUAAGCUGGAAAAAGAAGCUGCUUUGGAACGAGAUUUGUCAAAGGAAGACUCAGCAUCCAGUUCAAGAAGAAUUCCUAUUGAGCCAUCGAACUCUGCAAUGACUUCAGUAGGAACAUUAGAGCCUUUUGACAUAAGUCAUCCGGAGAAUUGGUCCACAUACUACGCUAGGUUCGAGUUGUUUCUUCAGGCCAAUGACAUACGGACAGCUGAGCGUCAAAGGGCGAUUUUUUUAACACUAGCCGGUGCGCCGCUUUAUGAUCUGCUGUCGUCAUUGGCAUCCCCUAAGAAGGUGAGUGACCUUCAAGUUUCGGAAAUUCAAGCAGUAUUAACGAAUCAUUUUUCCCCUCGUCCAUCGGAAAUUGCAUCAUUUUACAAAUUCCACAAGCGCGAUCAAAUGCCGAAUGAGACCUUUGCGGAAUAUAUAGCCGCCCUUAGGAAGCUUGCGGUCGAUUGCAAUUUUGGCGGUGCUUUAGAUCGCAUGCUUCGUGAUCGUCUGGUGUGCGGUUUGCGCGACGAAUCCCAUCAACGAAACCUCCUCGCGGAGUCUGACCUCCAACUGCAGAAGGUCAUAGAACGGGCUACAACAGCGGAAGCCGCAUCAAAGAACGUGCAAGUAAUACGACAACCCGAACAAGUUAAUCAAGUUGGAAAACCUAGCGCAAAACCUUGUAAUGGUUGUGGUGGUGCACAUGCUCGAUCUCAGUGCUCUCAUAGGGAAACAAUCUGUUCUGCAUGUGGUGUCAAGGGCCAUUUGCAACGGGUCUGCCGGUCAGUCAACGCAGGUGCGACGAAGGAGCAUACGAAAGCUACGGACAAAAAUCGACACCAAGACGGUUCGGAUUAUACUAUAGUAUCUUCUAAAACAUUCGACCAAUUAUGGCCGGGGGUUAAGCCAUUACUAUACGAGUGCGGUCUUGAGUUGAGGGAUUUUCAACAUAAUGGUGUACCUAUCAGAGGUGUCUUAGAUGUUGACGUUGAGUUCAACAAACGCUCAAUCAAAGACUUACCACUUAUCAUUGUAAAUGGUAACCAAAGCAACGUGCUGGGUUGUAAUUGGUUUGAUUCGCUGGACAUAAGCGUGCAGGGAGUGUUGGCAAUUGAGGAAUCGCCCACAAUCAAACAUAUUUUAGGCAAAUUUGAGCAUCUUUUUUCAAAAGAACUUGGCAAAUUCAGAGGGGAACCAGUUUCCUUACAAGUUAAAGACAACAUCCAACCCAUUAGGCUUCCCGCACGCCGUAUUCCAAUAGCUAUUCGCAGUCUUGUUGAAACUGAACUCGAUCGUUUGUGCGCUCAAGGUAUUUUUGAACCUGUCGAAUACUCUGACUGGGCAACGCCCAUCGUCCCAGUUCUCAAAAGCGAUGGAACAAUUAGAAUUUGUGGUGACUAUAAGUCUACCCUUAAUAAGGCCAUGUUGCCACACAAUUUCCAAAUUCCAUCUAUAAGCUCGCUUAUCUCUUCAAUAGAAGGGGGAAAGAUCUUUGCUAAAUUAUAUCUCGCACAAGCGUACCAACCACUUGCUGUAGACGAAGACUCUGCCAUGUUGCAAACCGUUGUGACACACAAAGGCGCAUUUAAAGUAAACCGUCUUCUAUUUGGUAUUUCGUCAGCUCCGGGAAUUUUUCAGAAUUUUAUUGACGUGCUCCUUCGGAAUAUUCCUGGUGUGUUACCAUAUUUCGACGAUGUAGUCAUCAUGGGCGGAACCGAGACGGAACUAUCUGAGCGUCUAAAUGAAGUGCUAUCCCGAUUCGACAAAUCAGGGUUACAUCUUCGGCGGGAUAAGUGCAAAUUUGGAGUACACACCAUAAAUUUUUUAGGGUACAAAAUUGAUGGUUUUGGGGUUAGACCUUCACCAGAAAAAAUGAAGGCCAUUAAGAAUGCUCCCAAAGAUAAGAAACAGCUGCAGGCUUUUCUUGGACUGUUAAAUUUUUACCAUUCGUUUUUGCCAAAUAAGGCUACAAUUGCAGAGCCCCUGCAUCGCCUCUUAGAGAAAAAUAGGAAUUUUGUCUGGAAAUCUGAGCACCAAUUUUCUUUCAAUAAAUUCAAGCACCUAGUCACUUCUGAUAGCGUACUCGUCCAUUACGAUGAAAAACUACCACUGAUACUCGUUUGCGACGCUUCACCGUAUGGCAUUGGGGCCGUACUAAGCCAUAGAAUGUCUGAUGGGUCUGAAAGGCCUAUAGCGUUUUAUUCAAGAACCUUGUCGAAAUCCGAGAGAAACUAUGCACAAAUCGACCGCGAAGCUACCGCCAUUGUAGCUGGCGUGAAAAAGUUUCAUGACUACUUAUAUGGUAGAAAAUUUACAUUGGUUACGGAUCAUCGUCCGCUUCUGGGCAUCUUCAGCACAACAAAGCAGACCCCACUGAUCCUGUCCCCCGUAAUGUUGCGUCGCAGCGUGUUCCUGAAUGCAUACAAUUUUGAAUUUAUUUAUAGAGAGGGUAAGAAGAUGGGGAACGCAGAUUGUCUAAGCCGCCUACCCAUUGAAGAGCCUCAUACUGGGACUAAUGAUGGAGAAGUACUCAUGAUCGAGUUGGCUAGUACCGAAAUCGUCAACGCCAAAAAUAUAGCAAGGCUCUCGUCGAAAGAUCCGCUACUCACCAAGGUACGCAGCUGGGCGUUAAGGGGCUGGCCGUGUUCAGUAUCUCGGAACGAUGAAGCAUAUCCAUACUUUCUGCGCCGCAACGAGAUCAGCACUCUUGAAGGAUGUCUCUUAUGGGGGAACAGAACUAUUAUCCCACCGCCAUGUCGUCAAUACAUCUUACACGCAUUACAUUCAGUACAUCCUGGCAUCGUUAAAAUGAAGGCAUUAGCCAGAAGCUAUGUUUGGUGGCCUAGAAUGGAUCUAGAAAUUGAGGGUACCGUUAAGCAUUGUACUCCGUGCCAAGAAACUCGACACGAAAAGGUUCAAGCACCAGUCCAUACUUGGGAAAUGGCAAAACCGCAUGGUCGCGACUUCAUGUCGAUUUUGCGGGACCAUUUCACGUCUGCCAUCAAAUCUUUGCGCUCCCUCUUCGCGACUCACGGGCUACCAGAUGUAAUAGUGUCUGAUAAUGGCACGGCGUUCACAUCGGGAGAGUUCAAAGGCUUCAUGGCAAAUAAUUUAAUUCGCCAUGUCAGGUGUGCUCCAUUUCACCCGUCGUCUAAUGGACAAGCGGAGCGAAUGGUUCAGACGACAAAGGAUUUUCUUAAAAAAUUACCAGCAAAUUCGGAAUGGGACCUGAACCUGACGAGAUUUGUAUUCAAUCAGCACAUUAGUCCACAUUCAGCAACCGGUCGUUCACCUGCAGAGUUAAUCUUCAAUCGCCAGCUGAAAACAUACUUUGACAAGGUCCACCCGCAUGAGCUCUCUCCUGCCGUCGAAAAUCCUACUGUAAAGGAAACAUUUUCCGAAGGAGACCCUGUAUGGGUCCGCAACUUUUCGUCUGGCCCUAAAUGGAUAGAGGGCCACAUCCACUCCAAAACCGGCCCAUUAUCUUACAAGAUUCGCCUUAAAGAUGAACGGUUAAUUAAGCGCCACUUAGACCAAAUUAGGAAUCGAUCACCUGUUGACGCCGGCAUAACUUCAUCAAGCAAUGAAAAUUCCACGUCUAUGGAACCAACUUCGAGCGGUGACUCAACUGAAAACGACUCUGAAGCUGAGACAGUUUCACCACCUUCUGAGGCAACACAGACAAAAACAUCCCUAAACUCGCAUCAAUCGCCCACAUUGCCGGCAGAUACUACACCUGAAAGGAUCAUCCUACCAUCAUCACCCCAACCACCGACUCCAAGGCGAUCAAAACGUCCACGAAAGAUUCCGGCAUUUUACUCGCCAUCUGGGCGUUAA